AAAUUGUAUGUCAUGAGUUUGUGUCAAACACCGAUCGCAACAACCGGGGUUUUGUUCAUAGCAAACUCGAUUUAUAUUAAAAUUAGUUAUAUAUUAACUGUAAAACCAAAGUGAAUUUAUAGUUUUUAGUAGUGUUUAUGUGAUUCUCCAUAGAAUAAUGUCUUCGCCAGCGCCAAAGUCUCCAGAACAAAAUGAAAAGACACGAAGAUAUGAUAGACAAUUGCGAUUGUGGGGUGAUCAUGGACAACAACUGUUAGAAAACGCCAAGGUGUGUCUAAUCAAUGCUAAUGCACUGGGCACUGAAAUACUCAAAUCACUUGUUCUGCCUGGCAUCGGAGCAUUCACAAUUAUUGAUGGAGAGAAAGUCACACAGGAAGAUAUUGGUUCUAAUUUCUUUUUAGAUUCUGAAUCAGUAGGAACAUCUAGAGCACAAGCAGCAACUCAGAGUCUGAUUGAAUUAAAUCAAGAAGUUGUUGGUGAUUAUAUCGAUGAGUCUUUGGAAAAUGUCAUGGCACAGAAUCAGGAUUUUCUAGGUAGUUUCACAGUUGUAAUCGCAUCUUGCCUUCCAGAAAAAAUGUUGAUUCCCUUAUCAAAGCAACUAUGGGAAGCUGGUAUUCCUUUAAUAUCAUGUAGAAGUAUAGGUUUCUUGGGUUACAUUCGCCUACAAGUUCGGGAACACACCGUUAUCGAAACGCAUCCAGAUAAUGAAAAUCCCGAUCUACGUUUGGAGAAUCCCUGGCCUGCUCUGAAAGAACACUUGGAUAAAAUCGACAUAAGUACAUUGGAUAAAAAAGAAAGGAGUCAUGUCCCAGCUGUGGUGAUUUUAUAUUAUUAUUUAAAAAAGUUUCACAAUCAACACGGUCAUUAUCCAAUUACAAGACAAGAGAAAAACGAGCUGCGACAAAUGAUUCUCAAGAAUAAUUUCGAAGAAGAAUUUAACUUAGAAGAAAAUUUCAAAGAGGCAUCACAGUUUGUAAACACUGCCAUUGGUCAGGCUAAAAUUCCAGCAUCUAUUCAAGCAAUUUUCGAUGAUGAACAAUGUUCAAAUUUAACAGAAAAUAGUCCAUCAUUUUGGAUAAUGACCUCUGCACUUCGUGAGUUAGUCCAGAGUGAAGGACAACUGCCAUUACGCGGAUCUCUUCCUGACAUGGCCGCUGACACUACAAGUUAUGUUGCUCUUCAACAACUCUACCAAAAACGAGCACAAGAACAAGUCGAAGCAGUGCACCGUCGUGUCACACAGAUUCUACGCAACCUCAACCAACCAGCGGACGCAAUAACCGAAGCAGAAGUUAAACUUUUCUGCAAACACGCUAAUCAGCUUUAUGUAGUCCGCGGAACGUGCAUCGCAGACGAAUAUCAGCGAAAUUCAGUUGACAUGGGUUCAUAUCUAGAAGAUCCUGAUAGUCUCAUAAUGUAUUACGUAAUUUUACGAGGUUUGGAUCGGUUUGUAAGUGAAUUUAACGUAUAUCCCGGCCAGUUUGACGACCAGGUCGAACCGGAUGUGUUAAAACUCAAGUCAACCAUUGGUAAGUUGCUCACUGAAUGGGGCUGUGCGCCAAUUUAUCGCGAUGAACGUGUACACGAAGUGUGCCGUUAUGGCGGCGCUGAAUUACAUUCGAUUUCAUCGACUCUCGCAGGCUGCGCGGCGCAUGAGAUAAUCAAACUGAUCACGCAUCAGUAUAAACCGUUAAACAAUACGUUUAUCUACGACGCCAUCACUUCUUCGUCGGCUACGUUCGUUUUAUAAAUAACACGAGAUUUGAAACAAAAAUAUAUUUACAGACAGAAUAGACGAAGAGACAACCACUAGUGUAAUUGUUUUCUAUUUAAUUAAAAUAGUAAAACUUGGAA